CCCGCCCCGCCCCCCUGCCCCGCCCGGCCCCCGCCUGCCCUGCGGAGCCGGGCCGGGAGCUCUGACUCUCGCUCUGGCCGCUGCCAGGCCGCGUCUCUUUGGCCGGAAUCAAAGACGCGAAGAUCCCGGGGCCAUGUGGAGGGCAGCCAGGCCGUGCUCGGAACCCCCGGAAUCCCCCUCCUGCUCCGGAGGUCGAUGUCCACAUCGGCCCCUCUCUCUCAGAACGCUGCGACCCUGAGCAACACGCCUAAGAGUGGGCUGGCCGACGAGCUCCUGGACGUUCAAGUGGAGGCUUAGGCCCGAGGGAGCGGGUGACCCUGCGGGCGUCGCCGUCAACUACCAAGGCCGCCUCUUCCACUCGCUGGCCCCCUACGAGGCGGAUGGCCGCGGGGGCUUGGACCUGGCCAGGGACCGGGCUCUGGGCGGCGACUUCACGGGUGUGAGCCCAUGGGGCUCCUGUGGCGCCUCACGCCGGGCGGCUCGGAGGAUCCCUGCUUCAACCAGAUGCCGAGGGGCGUGAUGAAAAGCCCCCUCGAAGUGGAGGUGACCGUCCACCACGCGCCGCGGCAGCCGCCGGUGCCGCUGGGCCCGGCGCUGGCCUCUGCCCAGAUUAAUCUGGGACGUUUAUUGGACUAACACGGAAGAACAUAUCUGAAAAAUACUAGAAGGCAAUUGGCUGAGACAGUCUUCUCUUGGAAUGGUGAAUGAAUAACAUAAUCUAGAAUGGGAAUGUUGAAAGAGAAAUAACAUCAACAUUAGAAGGAAAUAGUUGGACAUUUUACUCCCUCUCCACUGUGAGCCUUAAUUUCCUGUCACCUUCAAGGUCCUUCUAACUGGUUUAAGAAUCAAAUUGACAUGAGACAGAUUAACAGGAGAAGAUGAAAUUCAAUUUUCUAUGUAUGGGGAAUCCACGCAAAUAUGGAAAUUCCAAAGACAUUCAGGCAAAACGAGGCGAUGGUCCUUUUCCUGGCUUGAUUGAUAUGUUUGGUGAUGGAGGAUUAAAUGAAUCUCAAGCUAGUCUCCUGGCUUGUCGAGGUUUUGCUACUCUGGCUUUGCCAUGUUUUGGCUAUGAAGAUCUACCUCCAAUCAUGAAGGACUUAAAUUUAGAUUACUUUGAGGAGGCAGCUAAAUUUGUGCAAAGUCACCCAAAGGUUAAAGGUCCAAGCAUUGGAGUGAUUGGUUCUGGCAAAGGGGCACAGUUGGCAUUUUCCAUGGCUAGCUUUCUCCCAAAUAUAGCUGCAGUUGUGAGCAUCAACGGCUGCAUCUCUAACACAACUACUGCCCUUAGAUGUGGUAGCUUCAUCCUGCCAGGACUGCCUUUUAACCUAGACAAAAUCUCUGCCAUGGAUUCAGGGGUUUACGAUGUUACAGAAGCGCUGGAGGACCCCUUGGACCCAGCCUACAGGGAAAGCUGUAUCCUCCUUGAAAAAGCCAAUGCCCAUUUCCUUUUCAUAGUCGGAGAGGAUGACAGGCAUUGGAAGUGUUCUGUUUAUGCGGACAUAGCUGUGAAGCACCUCACAGGGCAUGGGAAGACAAAUUUCACUCUUUUAAGCUACCCUAAUGCUGGCCACAGGAUAGAUCCCCCUUACAGCCUUUUUUUCCCUGUAUCCCUGGAUCCCGUGUUGGGAGUGCAUGUUUUGGGAGGUGGACAGCUCAAAGCUCAUGCUGUUGCUCAGAUUGAGUCUUGGAAGAAGAUCUUGGAGUUUUUGCACUUGCAUCUAGGGUAAAGUCUAACAGACUGGAUGGUUAAGUUUAGAAUAUAUGCAGAAUGAAUGAAGGGAUAGAUUGAAUAUUUUUAACAAGUGAUGACUGAAAUCUGGACUUCUCGUGGGGAUCUGCAGGCUUUUAAAAGAAGUAAGAAUAUUUGCUUUAAAUUCAUCAGAGCCUGUAACUUUGGUUACUAUCCAUGUUUCUCCAUGUUUGGUUUGUUUGAGCUCGAAUUCAAGGUAAUUGCUAAGCAAAAACCAGUUUUCAAUCUGUCAUUUACCCUCCCUUCCCACCUACCCUCUCUGUUACCUGUACUUCUAAAGGUUUUUAAAAACUGGUGUAUGAUAAUUAGUUUGCUAUUAUGUGUCCCAGAGGUUAUAAAACUGUUUUGAACAGGGGUGAAUACAUGAAUAUAGGUCCCUGGUUUUAUGAUGAGGAGCCACUGGGCUAUAACUUUCUCAUAAUAGAGGCUGGAGUGAAUUCUAACAAGAUGACUCAGGCUAAUUUGUGGUAGACCGAAGUCACAGAAGCCUUUCUCUUGUUAAUCAGGUUUUGAUACUUUUUUUCUAGUUAUCACCUGUGCUAGGAUCUUUAAAGCAAGUUAGAAAUCCUAAAACACUUGCUUUACAACUUCCAGCCAAUUACUGAGAAACAUGGAUUCUCUAUAGUUCCAUUAUUUCUGUAUUAGUAGUUUAAAAAACUUUUCUUCACGCUUUGUUUCAAAAAUAUAUUUAAAAAUAGGCACAUUCCAGUUCUCCUCCCAAGUUGAUAAUUACACAAGCAGGCAAUGUAAUUAUCUGAGGGAAAGACAAAGUUCAUCCCUUCCACUUUCCACCACCCUUACCAAAAUUUAAUUGCAAUUUGUGGAUGAGCCUUAAUUUAUUAAAAUAAUUUUAACUGAAGUUCUGAGAUUUGAUUUUAAACUUUAAAAAUAUGUGUGGAGGGGCGCCUGGGUGGCACAGCAGUUAAGUGUCUGCCUUCGGCUCAGGGCGU